UGGCCAAAGGGGCUCGCGCACGAAACGGUACCCUCGGGGGCGCAGCAGAUUCAGUUGGCCCUACCCAAGCCUUCCCGCAAGGUCUUCUCCCUUCGUGAAUGCGGUAGUGUGCGUGUGUCAUGUGUCGCCGCGGGGGGAAAUAACGGAGGAGGCCCCUAACUCUCGCCCUGUGGGAUCUCUUUACUUAAAAAAAAAAAAAAAAGGAAAGCGUUAGGAGGCACUCGCAGUGAUUCAAUGAUGUCAUAUCUCCUGCUCUUCUUCCUUUCCAACUUCCGCCGAUUUCACUGAACGGGGUGGGGCCCCAGGCCUAUGUGACCCAGAAUGCCCAAGGCCAAUGACCCUCUGUGCCCCCUGGGCUUCCAUCCUCAGACACGAUGGCCCAACAGGUGCAAGCGAUGCUUCAGGGACUACAAUGACCACCAGAGCGUGAAGAACCAGUCUGGAUCAAACACCUCCCUCAAUUCCUUGAGCAGCUAUGACAGCAGUACAAAGAGCCCACGGGAGGAAUACGAGGUUUACAAAAGGUCGCGUUCAGACAUGACGGCCGAAAUGCUGGCGCGUGUCAACGAGGAUCCCAGUUCCUCCUCCUCCUCCAAGGACCGAGACUCGAGGGGGGGCGGGGGGAGCUCUUCCUCUUCGUCCUCAAAACUGACGUCAUGGAACAAGGCGCGGCCUACUUCCUGGUCUGCGCAGGACCUGCGCGCAGCCGUCGACGAAGCCAAGGAGCAAAUUCGGUCUUCCAGGGAAGAUCUGCACCGUCUGUACGGCAGCACCAAAUCCCUGACGACGCGCGACCUCGGGAGCCUGGGCGACCUGAGGGACAGCUCCUCGGAUCUGACCACGGAUUCCUCCUCCACCCCCUACUCCUCCUUCUCCUCCUACCUCGCCAUGCGCACCAAGUCGCCGGCUAGGCCGCCCCUCGCCAGAACGUCCUCCUUGCAAGGGACGACCUCGACCUCGUCGACCGUCAGGCGGGAGGAGGAGGAGAGCAAGAAGCUGAAGGAUCAGGCCUCCGAGGAAUCCUCCUACAGAACGAAACUUUCUUCGACCGACUCAACCACCACUUCUGCUACCACUAAGCCGAGGUCGUCUCUCUUGUCUACCUCCCUUCUGGAGAAUAAGACGUCCUUUUCUUCCUCCUCCUCUACUCCAAGCAAGUCGUCCUUGUCCUCGAUAGCCGAGGGCAAGAAGUCCUCUUUAUCGACCACUACCUCUUCUUCCUCUAACUCGACUUCUUCCUCCGAGGCCAAGCCUCCGAAGCCGCCCUCGAGGCUGAAGACCACCGGCUCCAAACUCGGGGACAUUUCGGAAGCUCCGAAAGAGGAGAAGCCGAGGAAGAACAUAUUAAGCUUAAGAGGAGACCUCUACAAUUCCAGCGAAGAGGUCAAGAGCGAAGACGACUCCGUCGACGCCUCCUACGUGAUCCAGCUCGCCAAGCCCAAGAAGGAGCCGAAGAGGGUUGAGAUCGACCUUCAGUCUGAGGUCGACCGUCUGCACAAGGAGCUGAAGGAGAAGGUCCAGGAGGUGAAGGAGUUCGAGGAGCGGGUUCAGGUUCUGGAGAGAGAGAAGAAGGAGCUCUCCUCCAAGAGGUCUGUCUUCGGAGGCGACGUCAGGAAGCACACCGAACUCUCCAGGAUGCAGCAGAAGGUUGACGACUUAAACGAUGAUAUGAAGAGCAAAAACAAAGAAAUCAAGGACCUGAAGAAGGAGAUCGAGAAGCGUCCUCUCCCGAAGGACGUCGAGAAGACGAUGGAGGACCUGAGAUCGAAGCUGCAGGCGGCCGAACAACUCUGCGAGGAACUCAUGGACGAGAACGAGGAGUACAAGAAGGAGGUGAAGGCGCUGGAGGACGAGAUCGAGGAGAUGCAGGACAACUUCCGCGAGGAGCAGGCCGACGAGUACAGGGACCUCAAGCGGGAGCUUGAGCAGACGGCCAAGAACUGCAGGGUCCUCCAGUUCAAGCUGAAGAAGGCGGAGAGGCGCUCGGAUAUGUUGGAAAGAGACAAGAGUGAGAUCGACGAUAAGCUGAAGGAGCUCCAAGUUGGGGAGAGCGACGUCCAGAAAGCCGAGAAGAUCAAGUACUUGGAGAAAGAAGUUAAUUUGGCCAAGGAGGUAUCGAUGAAAAUGCACGACGAAAUGGAGAAGAUGAAGCAGCAGUUAGAAGAAGCGGAAAAGGACAAGAAAAUGCUGACGGAAAAAUUCAAGGACCAGCCAAUCAAACCAGGUGGAAAGUACAGUCGAUCUCAAAUGAUGGGAAGGCAAGGAAGCCAAGACAACACAGACCAGCUAAUGAGAGACUUGCAAGACGCCGGGGAACGCGAGCAGGACCUCAAGGACCAGUUGAAGUUUGCAGAAGAAGAGACCAAGAACCUCCGGAAAAAGCUCUCGAGAGUCGAGGAGGAGAAUGAAACUCUCGCCCUCCAGUUGAAGAAAAUGAGCAACAAGGCGAAGGCCGACCGUCAGAGGUCACUGGAACGCUCUGGAUCUUUGGAAAGGGCCAGUUCCGUCGAGAGAGGUCAGCUGAGUCGACAGGGAUCGACUGAAAAGCCUCCGGUGAAAGAACCUGACGAAGGCAUUACAGAGGACCUCGACCCAACGGAGCUGAAGAUCCAAUUAGAACUGAACGAACAAGAAGCUGCUGUUCUCAGAAGGAAGGUUGAAGAUCUGGAGUCAGAAAACGAGAGACUGCAGAGAGAAAUUAAAGGCGUUCUGAGCUCUGCUGACCUGAGAACAAAGAAGGGUGACUCCAGCGGCGACUCCCAGAGACUCGAGAAGGAAGCAGAUUUGUUGAGGACGAAGAUCGGCGACAUGGAACAAGAGAACGAGAAGCUCUUGGAGGAGAACAAGAGACUGCAGCUGAAGGCUGUCAAGCGCCUUCCACUUAGCGGAAGUGAAAGCAGCUACAUCGAGAGACAGGUAAUGGAAGACAAGGUCCGGCGCCUUGAGAAGAAGUUGAAGGAGUCCAAUGAUAAGCUGAAGAACGCCCAGUUGAACGCGUCUUCGAGCAGCGUCGCUGGAAACAACAUAGAUGGUAAGGCAAAGGGUUCCAACGACGUUGCCCUCGAAGGCCUCAAAAAGGAGGUAACCGAGAAAGACGGCGAGAUCACCGAUCUCAGAGCAAAACUGAAAGACCUCCAGGAGGCGUGCGACAAGGUGACCAAAGAGUGCGAGGACAUGAAAAACGCCUCGGCCUACAGGGACCGCACACCCAAGAAGCCCAAAGACCUCACGCCCAAGGCAACGCUCAUUAAGUGGGUGGAGGAGCUUGAGAGUGAAUGUGCCACUCUCAAUGUGAAGUUAAAAUUCCUUGAGACCGAAAAACAAGUCCUGGAGGAAAUGAACAAGGGUAAGAGAGACUCCAAUAGCGCCAUUGAUGGUGAAAUGUGCCACUUGCUCUUCACCGAGCGCGAGAACCUCCUGGUCGAGAACAAAUCUUUGAAGGAGAGAGUCGAGACCAAGGAGUCAGAUGCAAGACUGCAGAAGCGGAAAGUGCGAGAGCUUGAGAUGGAGAAAAGUAAGCUCUCCGACCAGAUCAAGGCAUUCAAGGAGAAAGAGGGCAAGAUCAAAGAUGUCAGAGCAGCUGGAGACCAGAAGAGCAAGCUCUCCAAAAUAUCUGAUUUCACUCCCAAAUCGGUCCUGAAACAAAUGGUUGAUGAGCUGAGUGAUGAGUGCGCCAGGUUACACGUCGCUCUCAUGGACACCGACAAGUCCAAGAAGGGCCGCCCUGCCUCGGAGGACCUGACGAGCCUCAGGGACCUGGAGGAUAAACUCGAAAGGGAGAGAGAGCGCAACGACGAGUUGUCUCGCCAACUGAAGGAGGAGAGAGAGAAGCUGGAUAAUAAACCUCUAGCUAAUAGAAGAAAGGCCGGAGGGCAAGACGACGACGUCCGUCGGUUGGAGGAGAGGGUAGAGUCCCUGAAGAAGGACCUGGCCAAGGAGAAGGAGAAGAACGAGGAACUGAAGGCGAAGGCAGGGUCUGCCGCUGGAGUAGGAUUCGAGGAGCACAGGGCGGCUCAGACGGAGAAGCACAAACUCCAGAAGGAGCUGGCGGCAGCCCAACAGACGGCGGCGUCCCUUGAGAAGAAAUUGAAGGAGUUUGAGGAUAACCUGAAAUACACAGAGAAAUCUGAGAGAGAGGCGAAGCUCGCCCUUGAAAAGCUUCAAUUCAAGCUGGACGAGGAGAAGACCAGCGUCUCCCAGGCGGAGGAGCGUCAGAAGGAGCUGACGACGUCCUGGCUCAAGGAGCGGGAGGAGAUGAGGGACGAGCUCUCCGAGUUCAAGAAGGCCAAGGAGAAGGCCGAGAGGGACCUACGCCUGGCCAAAAAGGCUCGCGAUUCCCUGGAGACCAAAUUCGAGGACGAAAAGAAGAGAGCCAACGAAGCUGACUCCAAGAAGAAGAGAGAAGCGGAUGAGAUUAAGACUCUCAAGAACGAGAAUAGGGAACUCAGCAACGAGGUAGACGACCUAAGAAACAAAGUUCUCCAGAUGGAGAAGAACCAAGGCACAACGGACACAAAGCAGAAGAAGGAAGUGGAGACCCUCAGGUUGGAAAAACAGGGUCUGGAAAUCAGAAUGGCUACCUUGGAGAGUGAGCUGAAGACGGAGCAGAAGAAGCGAGAACGUCUGGAGAAAGAGAAGGAGAAGACUUCUUCUCUCGUCAUGUACAAAGACACCGCUGAGAGAGCCGAGUCCGACAUCAAGAAGCUGAAGAAGGAGAUGGAGUCCUCCAAACAGGAUUACGAAGACAAGAUCAAGACCCUCGAGAAGAAGAACGCGGUGGACAAGCAGGAAUUAGCUGACCUGCAGAAUAAGUAUGAGUUACUAGAGGAGGAAUUUGUGGUCCAGAAGGCUCAGUACACUACUGCCCUGGAGAACAAGGAGCUGUCGACGGCCAGGGAGAACAACCAGCACGAUUACGCGGCUUUGAAGAAGGACCACGACACGAUAGAGAUCGAACUCAGAACUCUCCGUGAGACUUAUAACCUGAGACAGGACACCUGGAUUAAGGAGAAAUUAGAUAUGCAGGAGCAACUCAAGAGUUUGGAGGACCGUUUCAACAAGGUGUCCCUCGACCCAGCGUCCUACUCGGAGAAGAAACGUCUGAUGGACAUCAUCGACGACAAGAACCAACAGCUCGAGAGGUACAGGAGGGACGAGGAAGCCAUCAAGGACCAGGUUUCCUACUACAGGAGAGAGAGCGAGGAGCUGCGUAGGAAAGUCGAGGACUUCGAAAAACUGCAGGAGCUCUCUGAAAGAAAGGAUGCCUCGCGUCCCACCAAGGACACCUCUGGCUACGACACGACCAUCCGGGAGUUGAGGAGCAAGCUGAGCUCCGUGGAGAAGACCAACAAGACUGAGCUGACGAAGCUGAAGAUGAAAUACGACUCCAAAAUGAAGGCCAUGACGGAGGAGGUCUCCACGCUGACCCAGCACAUGACGAAGUACCGGCGGGAGAGAGACACCUACAAGGAGAUGCUGGACGGCGCCCAGAGGAGCCUGGCCGAGAUGAAGGGCAACACCAACUUCAGGACGUCCAGGGCGGAUGCUGCCUCCGAGCGUGGGUCGGUCCAGCGGCAGAUGGACCUGAAGGCCCAACAACACCUCCAGGAGACGCAGGAACUCCAGUCUCAAGUCACAGAGUUCGAGGACAAGCUGGCUGAUGCCAAGAUCGAGAACGCCAAGAUGAAGAACGACCUCAUAGACCAGAAGACCAACUAUGAGAUCCAACUCUGCGAUCUCCAGACGAAGUUGAAUGAGUACGAAGAGGACAGACUUCUGGUCGGUGGCUCCAGAAGAGUACCUGGUCUUCGAACUCGACUCGAACUCAACUGGCAGAAAGAGAGAGAGGAACAGCAGAGGCUCAUCCAGGAGACCGCAACCUUGGCCAAGGAUCUCAGACAGACUUUGUACGAAGUCGAGCGAGAACGAGAUCUGGAGAGGCUGGAGUCCAAGAGGAAGAUAGACCAGCUGAAGAAAACUGUAGGCCAAGAGAGUUCAGACACCAAGUCAAAGGUUCAGGAGCUACAACGAGACCUCCUGGAACUGCGCGAGGCCCACGCAAAACUCCGCCAGAUCAACGAGAAGCUCCGCAGGGAGAAGGACAGAACGGAGGUGGAACGCGAGGCCAUGAGAGACAAGUUCCUCGGAACGUCCAGGGAACACCUCAACCAACAGACCAAAAUGGAGAGGUUGAGUGACGAGAUGAAACUGGUGAAGGAUUUGGCACCUCUCGUCUUGGGAGAGGGCAUUGAUGGGCGUGACAGCUCUCUCACCAGAUUACCUGGAGAGCCCAAACCAAGAACAAAGGAGGAGUUCACAGAUGCUCUCAAGAAGGCCUGUAGAACAAUGGACGAGAUGAAGAGGAUGUACAACCUGUUCGACGACAAAGACAGACUGAAGAGGGCGCCAUCAUUCCGCAGAGCACUGUCAGACCUGGACACCGACGACGAGGGUCCUCCCCUACGGCCCAGAAGUGCCCAGAGAGGAGGGCUCAAGCCCUUAUCCAAAGGGCAGAAGUCGACUUUGUACCGCAAGACUCAGUCGCUCGACCACCAGAUGGCUGAGGACAGGGGCAAGAUCUGGGUGUCGACGGACGCGGGCAGCACGACAAGCAUAGAUUCCACCAUGACAGAUGACAUGCGCCGGGCGAAGUACGAUCGAGACGUGUCCUUAGACCGAAUCUCCACGGGUUCACAGACGAGCGACCUCGAUUCCAUAGCGGGCGAGAAGAAGAAGAAGGGCCUGAAGGGGGUCAUGUCGAAAUUCGGCAAGUCCAGGUCCAUCGAAGAGUCGGGAACCGGAAGAAAGUUUUUCCCCCCCAUCGUUAAGGGGCUGGGGGGACUGAAGGCCAUGGGCGUGGGCGUUGGAGGAUCGGGCAGUGACAUUCCUACGGACGUGGAGAAGGAUUCGGUCAAGGGGAAGCUCAAAGGACUCUUCAAGAAAGGACCUCCUUCCAGAUCUCAGAGGCAGUCUCCUAAUGGGAUCUGUGAUCCUUCACCCUUUUAA